GAAAACCUCUCACUGGAAGUGACUUGCUUCGCUACUCCCGAGGCUUCUGUCUCUAAAACAGCACAGCGUGAGGGGAGAGAGAGAGAGAGAGAUAGUUAUGGUGGAAAGAGGAAUAUAAAAUCAACACGGUUCGCCUCAGAAGCCACCUCUGUCCAAGGAGAUCACGCAACAAAGGGGCACACAUACACCUGUUUCCAUCUCUCUUCUUUCUUCUUUCUCCGCUGCUUCGUCGUUUUUGCGAUACUCUUCCUCGUUCUACUUCUGCUUCGCUUCUGGGUUGAGCUCUGUUUGAUGUGGGGUGGUGGGUGGUGGUGGUGGUGGUGAGUUGGGUUGGGAUUGGGAUCCAAGGAAUCGAAUUGGCGGAUUGGGGGGAAUAUGGAUCCAGGAGCUAUGAUGAACGAGGGUUCAUUUGCGAAUGGUGGAGCUAAUACGGCGCCGUAUAACCUGGCCGAUAUCUGGCAGCUCCCGAUGAAUGUCGGUGCGGGUCUCGGGGAUUCCGGAGGCGGGUUGGGGCUGAGGAGGCCGCAGUUUGGGCAUAAUUUGGGGCCGCCGCUGUUCGGUGAUUUUCCGGGUCAUACGAAUCGGGAUGUACCCAGCAAUGAUCAAGUCCGCUCGGAGCAGAGAGGGAAUAAUAAUAAUAAUAAUAAUAAUAAUAAUCAUGGAGUCAACAAUAGGAAGCGACAUGAUUCCGAGGAUGAGUCCACCAAAGGCGUCUCCACCAGUAAUGGCGGCAAUGGCGUGAAUGAUGGUGGUGAAGGAAAACGGCUUAAAGCUUUAGGGAAUAGGAAUGAGAGUCGAGAGACUAAAGCUGAAGCAGAGCCCAGUUCAGGAAAGCCUGCGGAGCAAAAUAACCAGCUACCUCCGGAGCCUCCUAAGCAAGAUUACAUUCAUGUUCGAGCGAGAAGAGGUCAAGCUACUGAUAGCCACAGUCUAGCAGAAAGAGCUAGAAGGGAGAAGAUAAGUGAGAGGAUGAAAAUUCUUCAGGAUUUGGUCCCUGGUUGUAAUAAGGUUAUUGGGAAGGCACUUGUCCUUGAUGAGAUUAUAAAUUAUAUCCAAUCACUACAGCGCCAAGUUGAGUUCCUGUCUAUGAAACUUGAAGCUGUAAAUUCAAGAAUGAACCCUGGCAUCGAAGUCUUUCCUCCUAAAGAUUUUGGUCCACAAUCAUUUGAAACAGCUGGCAUGGCAUUUGGCUCACAAGCUACAAGAGAGUAUAGCCGGGGUUCGUCGCCGGAGUGGUUACAUAUGCAGGUAGGUGGUGGUUUUGAAAGAACGUCUUAAUCCAUGAGAAAUCCCUUGUGCAACACCUGCUAAUAAAUGCAUAAAGGGGUGUAUAGAUAUAUCUAUACCCUUCUUCAAUGGCUGCCAGAAAAAAUAUACCCAAGAUAUUAAGUCGAAUGAAUAGACACCUCUUGAUUCCCAUUUCCUACACAAGGCAUAUGGAAGCUGUUAUUGUUUUGCAACUGGACUGCUUUUAAGUUACUAUCUGUGCAUCCCAAGUUGUUCUUCCUGUGUUGGAAAAUGAAUUCAUUUGCUCAAAUAUGAAGCAUAAUAGUGAACUAUAAGUAUAGGUUUUCAAUGCUAAUGCUCAACGUAACGCCUGAAAUGAGUAUUAUUCUUGUAAAAGGAUGAUGAUGCAUGUUUAUCCUGAAUGCAUAAUGCUUAUAUGUUGUGUAAUAGUCUCAACAUUGAUGUCUGUUUGUGAAGCUAUGUUGAAUAAAUUACGCAAACAUGCUGUUGUUUUAA